UUGGGACAGGGGUUUAUUCUAUUAUCCUUGCUUUGUAAUCUUUUUCCCCUGGUGUAGACAUUAUUAAGAGACUCAUUACUUUACACAAUGAUCAAAUCUCUGCCUGUCUUACUCAUGGCGUUGGUGCUGUUGUGUUUGCCUCUGGGAGAAACCAUGAGAUGUUGUAUGAAUUUUGCAUCAAAACCUUUGCCUCUCAAUCGACUGAAAGACUUCACCAUACAGGACGCAACUACUGUCUGUCGACUACAUGCUGUAAUAUUUACCACAGUGACAGGAAGAAAGAUUUGUGCCAGUCCUGAUUCAACAUGGGUUAAAAAUGCUCUGAAUUACAUGAGACCCAGCAGAAAAUCCAAACCAAAAAGAGGAUGAGAAAUGAGGAAAUAGGAUGAGGGGGGAAAAGGAAUGAUAGAAAGAUAGAAUUACUUAUGAUUCCUUUUUUCUGGUUGGACAUUGCACUGAAUUUGCUGGGAUGCUCACUCUUUGGAAGAUUGAUGACUGUCUUGAAGUAUCUCCACUUGUAAACGACCCUUCUCGCUUGAGAAUAAUGAAUUUUAAAUUAUUUGGAGAUGGACUUGAACCCCUUCCCAGGUUGAUGAGCGGCAAGAAUUGAUUUUAGUAACACCUGCGUGUUAAUUACUCUUUAAAUGAUGUGGAAGUAGGAAGGAUAUACUUAUUAUUUUUCCCCACCUAGUUUCUGAAUGUUGCUGAAAAAUGACCACAUACUGAAAGAUAUAUUUUUUUAAAAGAUUUGUAACAAAUAAAAACACAGAAGGAGGACAUUCA